AUGGCUGCUCACGCCCAACACAAACGUCCAGUGCGAAUAAUGAACAUCUCUGGCUCACCAGUCGAUCGACGCAAUGCAAUGUCCAAAGCGGCAAAUUCGACAGAGCCAAUCGAUUUCUUGGUCGGAGACUGGAUGAGUGAGCUGAAUAUGCCCGCCCGAGCAUACAUCGUUGCUACCGAAGGCGAAGAUGCAAUCGGAUAUGAGCCAUCAUUUCUCGAAGCCUUGGGUCCCGCACUGGCUGCGAUAGCCGGAAAAGGCAUCAAGGUUGCAGCCAACGCCGGGUGUGUUGCCACGGAAGCCUUGUUUAAGAAGGUCUGCCAAAUGGUCGCCGAUCAGGGAUUGUCCGACACACUGUCGGUAGCAUGGGUGGAAGGGGACAUUGUCACGUCCACUAUCCGAGCAAGCGACCCGUCCUCGCUACGCAGCGUAUGCACCAAGCAGAGUAUGGCCGACUGGCCUUUCGAGCCGCUGCUUGCACAAUGCUAUCUAGGCGGCUGGGCCAUUGCGAAGGCGUUCGAAGCUGGAGCUGAUAUUGUGCUCUGUGGUCGUUGUGCCGAUGCAUCUCCCAUCGUAGGAGCCGCCGCAUGGUGGCAUGGCUGGCAGAGAGAAGACUUCGAUCGAUUAGCUCGCGCUCUGAUCGCCGGCCAUCUAAUCGAGUGCUCCACAUAUGUCACCGGCGGCAAUUUUACGGGCUUCAAGCAAAUGGACUGGAGCACCAUCCAAGAUCUCGGUUACCCCAUCGCAGAGAUCGACGGCGACGGCGACGUGAUCAUAACAAAGGCGACUGGAUCUGGCGGGCUGGUGUCACCCGCAACGUGCAAGGAGCAGYUGCYGUACGAAAUCCAGGGCAAAUACUAUUACAAUAGCGACGUGACGGCUGUCAUAGAUGGUGCCCACUUCCAGGAACUAGAGCCAGAUCGUGUUCGCAUGACAGGCAUCACGGGCUUGCCACCACCAGCGACCACCAAAGCCGGAAUAACCGCCCAUGGCGGAUGGAAACUAGAUCUCAACUGGGCAUUWGUCGGCCUAGAUGUGGAAGAAAAGAAGAAAAUGUACGAAGUGCAGCUGCGACAUAGUCUGGGCGAGGCGCGGCUGAGCAAGCUCUCCGUACUGGAUCUGACAAUCUAUGGCUUCGUCGCAGAGAAUCCUCGCUCGCAGAAUGCUGCCACCGUUGACCUACGCCUGGUGCUGCAGGCAUCGGACUACGACAGCAUUAGCCCGGAGGAACUCACCGCUCCAUUGUUCGACUUUGUCAUGCAGACUUUCCCGGCAGCAACGUAUACCGGCAAGAAAGUCCAGCCCGUCAGGUUCCAAGAAUACUUCCCGACCUUGAUACCCCAGCCAACCACCGUCGUCCACUUCAGCGACAAGCAACACGAGAAGCUGGUCAUUCCACCGCCUCACGAGAYGCUCACAGAAGCCCUGUCUCAGCCGUCUUACGAUCCAUCAUCACCAACUCCACUGUCAUCCUUCGGACCCACUUCAAAGAUCCCACUGGGACGAGUUCUAUACGCCCGGGCGGGCGACAAGGGUUCGAAUUGCAACGUCGGCUUCUUCCCCGUGCACGACGCGGCUUGGCCGUGGUUGCGAUCCUUUCUCACAAAGCAGACCUUCAUCGACUUGCUAGCGGACGAUUACAACGGCCAGCUCAUCGAUCGCAUGGAGUUCCCCGGGAUCUGCGCCGUGCACUUUCUGCUGCAUGACUGGUUGGACCGCGGAGUGACGGCGAAUGCAACGUAUGAUAUCCUGGGCAAGUUCAUUGCCGAGUACGUCAGGUGUAAAGUUGUCGAGGUUCCAGACCAGUUCAUUGCCUUGGGAACUAUAUAA